GACGGCAUAAGAACCUCACUGCAACUAGAGAGAGAAGGACAAGAGAGAGAGAUGAAGGUGGUGGCUUUAGUCAGUGGCGGCAAAGAUAGCUGCUAUGUUAUGAUGAAGUGUAUCCAGUACGGUCACGAGAUUGUGGCAUUGGCGAAUUUGUUACCGGUUGAUGAUUCGGUCGAUGAAUUGGACAGCUAUAUGUAUCAAACUGUAGGCCACCAGAUUAUUGUGAGCUAUGCAGAAUGCAUGAAUGUGCCAUUGUUUAGAAGGAGAAUCCGAGGUUCUUCGAGGCAUCAGAAACUUAGCUACCAAAUGACUCCAGAUGAUGAAGUGGAAGAUAUGUUUGUGUUGUUAAGUGAAGUGAAGAGACAGAUACCUUCCAUCACUGCAGUCUCGUCUGGUGCGAUUGCAUCAGACUACCAACGUCUGCGGGUGGAAAGUAUUUGUUCAAGGUUAGGUCUUGUUUCUUUGGCAUUUUUGUGGAAACAAGAUCAGACAUUGCUUCUUCAGGAAAUGAUAGCAAAUGGGAUCAAAGCUAUUUUAGUCAAGGUGGCGGCAAUAGGACUGGAUCCCUCUAAGCAUUUAGGGAAAGACUUAGCCUACAUGGAACCAUAUCUUUUGAAGUUAAAAGAGUUAUAUGGAAGUAAUGUUUGCGGUGAAGGAGGAGAAUAUGAAACUCUGACUCUCGAUUGCCCGCUUUUCACUAAUGCGAGAAUUGUGCUCGAUGAAUUUCAAGUUGUGCUACACUCUCCAGAUUCUAUUGCACCUGUUGGAGUUCUUCAUCCAUCGACAUUCCAUCUCGAAAAGAAGGGGAAUCCAGACUUUAAUUCACUUGGGGAGGAGCCAGGUUUAGUGUUUGAGGUGCACGGCGAUGGUCCUAACACAUCAGAAUCUACUCGCCAACGAGAUAAUGGAAUCGUUGAUAUAGUUGAACAUACAAGAAACAGAUUAAACUUAUCAAAGACCGAGAAAGAAAACACAUUCUCCAUUUGCUGCUGGUUGGAAGAUUCUAGUGAAUCUUCAACAGGUCUGAAAGAAGAUCUUGAGACUGUUCUUACAGAAAUUGAAUCGCAGCUUUUGAAACAUGGAUUUAACUGGCAGAAUGUCUUGUACAUUCAUCUUUAUAUCUCUGAUAUGAGUAAUUUUGCUGUGGCAAAUGAGACGUAUGUGAAAUUUCUCACACAACAGAAAUGCCCUUUCGGUGUUCCUUCACGCAGCACAAUAGAACUUCCUUUGGUACAAGCGGGUCUUGGAGAAGCUUACGUUGAGGUUUUAGUCGCGAAUGACCAAAGCAAAAGGGUUCUCCAUGUACAAAGUAUCUCUUGCUGGGCACCUAGCUGCAUCGGACCUUAUAGUCAGGCCACUUUGCACAAGAGUGUUCUUCACAUGGCUGGACAAUUAGGGCUUGACCCUCCCACGAUGAAUCUUCGAAACGAAGGCGCGAUUGCUGAGCUGAAUCAAGCAUUGACGAACAGUGAGGCAAUAGCAGAGUCUUUUAGAUGCUCAAUCUCUUCAUCAGCUCUUCUCUUUGUCGUAUUCUGUUCAGCACGCACAAAACAGUCAGAGAGGAACCAACUUCAUGAAGAGUUUGUUACUUUCUUAAAUUUGGCAAAGUCUUCUCGGAGGGUAUCGAAUGUCCUCAGUCCUAUUUUCCUUUACAUCCUUGUCCCCGAUCUUCCCAAAAGGGCACUUGUUGAAGUAAAACCUGUAUUAUACGUCGAAGAAGAUACAGAUACCGAAGAUGAAGCCAUACAAGAUCAAUCGGGUGAAGGAGACUACAGUUAUUGGGGAUAUAAGCCAGAGAAAUGGCACCAAGAUUGCGUGGAGAAACGAGUUGUUGAUGGGAAAAUAUGUGUGACUGUUCUCUCCAUCUCAGCCGAACUAAUGAGGAAAGUUCAAGAAGCUUCUGGAGAAGAAGAACAACUGCAGAGAGUAUCGAGAUUCUGUGUAUAUCUUCUCAACAAAACCAUGUCUGAAAAUUCAUUCUCUUGGCAAGACACGACGAGCUUAAGGAUACACUUCUCUACAAGUCUUGGUGUGUCCGUAGAGAGAUUAUCGGACAUUUUUGAAAUUGCAUUCAAAGAGCUUAACGAGAUGAUUCAUGGAGUUAGAGUAGGCGGCUCAAAAGAACCUAUCUUCAAUCUCGUCCCGGUCCUUGGUGCUGGAAACUCUUCUGCUUCACUCGACAACUUAAUCACCUGCGAACUGUUUGCCCUAAGGUCGUAAAUUUCCUUGUAUGACAAGGAACACAAAGCUUUAAUUUUUUUAUCUUGUGCUGACACUCCUCUUCAAUGGGUUUCCGGCUUUCUCGGCUCAUCAAAUGCUACUAGUGGCGGACCAUGGGUUGGAGGGGAUUUUGUAGUUAUAUUUAUUUUUUCAAGUCAACAUAAAUAAUCAGUAUAAAUGUUAUUUUUCUAU